AUGGAAUCGUCAUUGUUGUUGUUGUUAACGUUGUUUGGUUACGCAAACGCCGUUCCAGGCUCCGAUAUUGGACCAAUAGGAAAGAUCGACCUUCUUCGCGUCGAUCCGUGUCCGGUGAAGAACAACUUGAAGGAGAAACCAACGAUGUUGGUAAACUUUUCGCCGAAGAGUAAACUGAUGAACGGAAACUUAUCUCUACCGUUCCCAUUGGAUAACACCAUAACUACGCGCACCUAUUUGCACCAAUGGACGGGAAGCGAGUGGAAGAAGAAGGUCCAGAAGUGGGAGAACGGUAAAGUUUGCGAUUACGUCAACCAGUACAUCCAGAAGCUUUACAAGAUAUUCGUGGAUGCUCUGGAGCCGAAGAUUAAGUCGAAGACGUGCGGCAUCAAAAAAGGAAACUACAAAUUGGUGAAUUUGCAAACAACUGCUAAACAGUUGGGAAUUCCGUCCAUCUAUUACGGUCGUUUGAAGAUGGAGAUUCACGUUUUUAAAGGAAAAGAUGAGAUCUUCUGCAUCGAAGGCGAAGCAGAUUCCAAGAGAAAUUGA